AUGGAUCGCAUCAACCUGCUAGGUGCCGCCACCAGCCUAGUACCUUCCUCUGCCGGGAUCGGCACGCUCAGCGGUGUUCCUGGGUCAACAAGCUCGUUCUUCCAUGGAGUUAGUCGAGCAGUAUCUAAAUGGGACUACUAUCAACUCGUCCACUACUCACUCUUGCAAUCACCCAAGCCCAAGUCCUCCACCGGUGCGAACGGGCCCAAGCUCAACGGAAUUGAAUACAAGGGGAGGCAAGUUUCUCUUACCACCACUUUUCUCCGCUAUAAUUCAAUACCCAAGCAGCCCAAGCCCAAGUCCUCCACCGUUACAAACGGGCCCAACUUACCAAGCUCAACGGAAUUGAUUACAGUUUCCCUCCGACGUAAACGCCAUCACGGGGAUCCAUUCAAAUAUCAAAUCGCUUAUUUCUCAAUCCCCGGCGUACUUUCAUUGAUCGCCAUAUCCAGCAGACUUAUUCGAAAAGAAAACCCUCUUGAAAGCCCGCGGAGCCACCUGCACGAUCAGCGUAUUCAUCAAGCAGAGUACAACUUCAUUGCGCCCCAGCUUGCAGAGAAGGACACUAACAUUGCAUGUUCGCCGACGACGAUCAGGCGCAGUUGGACGAUGACCGAGACCGUGCAUUUUGGAUUAGGAUUAGGUCUCGACAAACCCAAUGUCCACUUUCCUCCAAGUACUUUCCCUGUAAUAUUUUACUGCAAUAGGCUACUAGUAUGGGUAGAAGCGACGAACGUGCCGAACCCCCUAGGCCUCCCACCUGUCCCUGAACUUGAUUGA